AAACAGAGUUAACUGAGGUUUGUUAGUAAAUCAAGUUUCCAUCAUGCCGGGCGAAAUCGACAGGAUAAGUGAACUUUUUAAAGAUAAAACGGUAUUCAUUUCUGGAGGCAGUGGCUUUUUAGGAAGAGUCCUUAUUGAAAAAUUGCUUCGCGUUACUGAAGUAAAAAUUUUAUACUUGUUGGUGAGGCAAAAGAAGAAUAAAACACCACAGGAUAGAUUGAUUGAUAUGUUUAAUCAUUUAUUUUUUUCAACUUUAAAAAUCGAAAGACCCGACUCGAUUAAGAAAUGCAUUAUCAUACAAGGGAACUUAUUGGAAGCCAACUUAGGAAUCGCGGAAAGCGACAGACUUCUAUUACAAAACGAAACUGACUACAUUUUCCAUUCAGCUGCAACAACAAGAUUUGACGAAACACUGAAGUAUUCUGUAGAAGUCAAUACUGUGGGUACCAAGUACAUGUUGGAUUUGGCCAAGAAGUGUAGGAAUUUGAAGUUAUUCGUUCACAUAUCUACAGCCUUUGCUUUUCCUAAAGAAAAAAUACUCUAUGAAAAAUGCUACGAUCCUCCAGCCAAUCCUCACGAAAUAAUUGACGCCAUUCGUUCAAAGGAAAACCCAUUGACCGUAGAUAUGGAGCAAGAGAUACUUGCAGAUUGCCCCAACACCUACACCUUUUCCAAAGCAUUAGCCGAAGGCCUGGUUAAGGAUCACAUGGGCCAAUUGCCAGCUGUUAUCAUGAGGCCAUCUGUUGUAAUACCUACUCAUAAAGAACCAAUCCCUGGAUUCUUUACCACUCUCCAGAGUCCGAUGGGAAUAUUUGUCGGAGCCGGAAAAGGUGUUAUUAGAAGUGUCUAUAUAGAUAGUAGGGCCAGUGCCAAUUUGAUUCCAGCUGAUAGUACUAUUAAUGGCAUUAUGGUGUGUGCGUGGGAUUAUUUAACAAACAAACAACAACAAGUAUUUAACAUUUCAAUACCACACGAAGACAUAAAAAUCAACUGGGAGGAAAUUAUUGAAAUCGGCAAAGAAGUAAUCAACACCAAAGUACCAUUCAACGGCAUUAUUUGGUACCCAAAUGGUAUAUUGACCAAAUCAAAAUGGUGGCACAAUUUCCAUGUUUUUCUCUUUCAAAUUAUACCGGCAUUGUUUAUCGACUUGUUGUUAAUUUGUCUCAGAUAUGAACCAGUUUUAUUACGAGUAAAUCGUCGUUUGAUUAAAGGUCAAGAGCUGUUCGAAUAUUACACAACAAAAGAGUGGACGUUUGAUAUGACAUAUUUUAUGAAUUUGAGGCCGAAAAUGAAUGAAAUAGAAAAGAGCAUUUACCAAGUUCAAGCUGACAAUGUUAACAUAACAAAUUACUUACAAGAUUGUUUAUUGUAUGCCAGAAGGAAUAUUUUUAAUGAAACUGACGAUAUGAUACCUGCUGCAAAAAGGAAUAUGAAAAUAUUUUGUAUGCUGGAUAGAAUAGUCAAAAUCGCAUUUUUCGUCGUGCUGUCCUACUACAUUUUUACUUUUCUAAUUUAAAUCAAAUUAAUAUUUUAAGAAGAUUUUUUUGUAAUAGGUAGUUAUAUUUUGAAUUUUUUCCUUUUUGUAGCAAAAUCGAAACCAAAUUUUUUAUUUUUUUUUUUAAUGUUAAGUAAUUAGGUAUUGAUUUUUUUCCUAUAUUAUUAUGUUAAGUCUCCUUUUUUUCUAAGGUGGGAUUUGUGGUUACUUUAUAGAAAACUGGAAAUAAAAAGCAAUUUUAUGGGACGUAAUUAUUUAUUUGGAAUAGUUAAUUUUACAUUAUAUUAUUUCAAUCAAGUGCAUUACACAAAAUGUUUUUCUUUUAAAUCAAUUACAUCGAAAAAAGAUCGAAUAUUUAAUCUAAACCUAUUUUUUUUUUUGUGGCUGAUUUGGCUUUUUCCUAACAUGGACAAUUUGCUAAAUUUGGAAUGGUUCACAAAAACAGCCAUUAGGUAUUGAUUACGUGCAAACAAUUUAGGUUUAAAUUUAACAAUCGGGUCAGCUGUUCAUUGAACUGGACAUUUUAUUUUUCUUUUUUGAAAAUAUUGUCAUGAUAACACUUUUGAAAUAAAAUUAACGAGCCUAAUUGUUGCUAUAAAAAUUAUAUUCUAGAUUAUAAUGGUUCCAAAGAAACAUAAUUCUUUUGGUUCAUAUUAAAUCUCGCAAUAUUUUGAGAAUUAUAGGAGAUAAUUUUGUUUGCCGUAUGAGAAGAUAUUCUGGAACAUUUUUGAUACCGAUGGCUUGAUAGAUUACGUCAACAUUUUAACUUUUCCUUGAGAUGAGAUCUUGUUUUGAAAAGGUGUGCAACGUGCAACUUCUUUAUGUAAGUGAAGUAAAGAUCUAAGACUUGGACUAAGAAUUGACCUCAUCAGGACUAUUCUCGACUGUAUGGUAUUGUGUAUUGUAAAUCGGGAAGUCCAUAUAGAGUCGACUAGAUUUUUGCGUCGCUCCGAGUGCAUUUGAGUUGUUCAUAUUUUUCUUUCCAUGAACAUAUUAACUUGACCCAGAAAAGGAAAGUGCCUAAAGUUUAUGGAUCACUUCUACACGUGAAUCUUGUCCAACAUUGAGUAGAAUUCAAUCUGCCUUGAAGUUAUACAAAAUAGGGAAAAAAGAAAAUCUUUGCAGAUCUGCAGCAUCAGUUUAUUUGUUGGUAUCAAAUUUUUGAUCGAAGAAGAAUUUUUGAAUGAGCCAAACAAAGUUCGAUGAAUAGGCACAAUGCAACCUGAUCGUCAAUCCAAACUUUGUCAAAGGCCUUUGAUACUUUCAAGAGUUUUAUUUCUCUGCAUUCUCACUCGGGCAAGCUGGAUUGUUGAGAACUUGAAGCCGAUUUAUUCGUUGAAGAGAUAUUAUUGUCAGAUAUAAACAACAAUAUAAACCUGCAUUUCCAUAGAGACUGUCGAUAGAUAAUCUUAGAUGUCUCAAAAAUUAUAGCAAAAAUUAGAUUCGUUACUUUUUCUCCGGCAAAAAGAGCUUUACAGAUAACGAUUAUCAAAAAUGUUUUCUUAAUUUUGUUUCUGAUUGGUACUACAAUUUAACAAAAAAUAGUUACCUACUAUAUAAGUUGCCACCAAUUGGAAAAUUUUAACUACAUUUAUUACAUGCAUACUUAAUACUUAGUCCUAAACACUUGAUAAUAACAAUUAAUAUGAGUGUGUACGAUCUAUAGAAUUCCAUUAUAAAUGAUGUAAUUUUAUAAGACUCUUCUUUGCUAAAUAACCUUAUGGUACCAUGGAAUUUUUGAUUGACUUUGACCAAUGAUUAUGGUAUUUACCAGCUUAAUAACUUUUUUUUAUUUCUAUGACAUUUUUGCACUAUUCUUCGAAAAACAUAUGACUCAGAUGAUUUAUUUUUUUCAAAUCAUAAGGUGCAUUAUCCAAUCCUAUAAAACAUAGAUGCUCUUAUGAGUUUACUGAAAACUUGCCAAUUUUCCAUUAGCUGAUUUUUGUAUUUCAUUAAACGUUUCAUCUAUUAACAAAUUUUUUGAUAGUUUGAAAACUGCUGUAUGUAGAAUUUGAAUCAAAUCAAUCAAUUGAUUGAUUUAUAUAACGUAAUCAAUAUGCAGAGGAUCAUUAACAGAACGUAAAAGUUAUUAAUAUUAUUAACUAUAGUUAUACCUAAAACUUACCAUGUAAAUUUAUUUUAUUUUAAUUUCCUAUGAACAAAUUGUGCGAUAUCAUUUAGAAUUUUUCUUAAUUCUACUUAAUUGGUAUAUACUUAAUACAAUUGACACCCAUCUUGUCCCUAAAUAAGAAUGAGUAUCUUUAUCAUUGGCACGUUUCUUUCACGAGAAAAAAUUUAAAAAGAAAUUUCAAAAAUUUAACCGAAACAUUUAUGUACAGGGUCUGUUCCUUAUAAUAAGUGCGGCUACUACAUAACUUGAAAAAAAAAAUAAUAAUAAAAAGUCAAAUACAAAAGCUGUAGGGUUUCAUCUCUAUUAUCUUUUGCACGUGUCAAAACGGGCAAAUGACAAGUGCUAACUGUCCUAAUGACAGCACAUAUAUUUUUUUAAAUGGAUCACUCUGUAUAUUUUUGGCUGGAAUGAAAGAUUUUUGUUUUCUAAUUCCAAAUAUAUCAUAUAUGCUGAUAUUUGGUCCAGUUGUUUUUGCGCUAUUUAAGGUUAAAGAUUCAUUUAAAUAGAUACCUCAAAUUAGGUAUAUUUUAGGGUGAUCCAUUUAAAAAAUGUAUAUGCAAAGAUUGUGCUUGUCAUUAUGACAGUUGCCACUUAUCAUUUGUUCAUUUUGACAUGUGUAAAAGAUAAUAGGUCUGUGAUAAUAGAUAUGAAAUUCCAAAACUUUUGUAUUCAACUUUUUUUUAAAUGUUUUCUUGUUGAAGUUGUAGGAACCGCACCAAUUAUAAGGAACAAAUUCUGUACAGGGCCUCGCUCCAUAUAUUGAUCCCACACCCUACAGGGAAUACGUAAGGAUAUAUCAAAAAAUUGUGAAUACAAAAGUUAUCGGGUUUUAUUUGAAAUUUUCGAAUCCGAUGACAAAAACUUUUUUUUUUUUUUUAAGAAAUGUCACAUUUUGACAGAUGGUCAGUUAUUUUUAUGGAACAGCCUAUAUACAGUGUCCCUUAUAAUUUUCGUUACAUAUGAGGAAAUUUUUUAUUUGUAGGACAUGGACUUUUUUCUUAUGUGCGAUCGAUCCUGCAUGUCCGAUAACCUAAAAGUACAUUUUGACAUUAGUCACGUGAUCACCGCUGUGGCGGCAAAUUCGAAAAUGUAGAUAUGGAAACGCGAAAAGUUGGGCUAGAUGGCAAAAUUUCGGAAAAAGUUAUUUGGAAAAAAAGAUUAGAACGAUGUUUUAGGGCUGUCUGCGAAAUUUGGAGGAAAAAUAACUAAAAACAGGAAAAUACUUGUUUUUAGCGAUGGAUCUCUUAUCAAAUAUUAUUGUACAAUUUUUAUUAUUGAAAUAGUCCAAGUACCUGAAUAUUUAAUGUGUAUUGGUUAAACAAACUUAAAUUCUUCAUUGGAAUGAUUCCUAGAGGAUUAAACAAAAAUAUUCGACUAGCACAUGAAACUUUUCUGCAGCAAUACCCUGUAUCUUGACAGUUUCUGAGAUUUCCAUUAGCUUAAUGUUGAUACAACUUAUUGAGAUUUUCUAUUAAAUAUUUCAAUACAGUUCUAAAACACCUUAUACUUAACUGUCCAGACACAGGGUAUUGCUACAGAAAAGUUUUAUGUGCUAAUCAAUAAUUUUAAUUUAAUUCUCUAGGAAUGAUUCCAAUGAAGAAUUUAAGUUUGUUUCACCAAUAUACAUCAAAUAUUGAGGUACUUGGACUAUUUCAAUAAUGAAAACUGUAUAAUAUUAGUUGAUAAGACAUCUAUGGCGAAAAACAAGUAAUUUCCUGUUUUUUGUUGUUUUUCCUCCAAAUUUCGCAGACAACCCUAAAGCAUCGUUCUAAUCACUUUAUUCAAAUAGUUUUUUUCUGAAAUUUGGCCAUCUAACCCCACUUUUCGCGUUUCCAUAUCUAAAUUUUCAAAUUUGCCACCACAACAGUGAUCACGUGACCAAUGUCAAAAUGUACUUUUGGAUUAUCGGACAUGCAGGAUCGAUCGCACAUAAGCAAAAAUUCCAUAUCCUACAGAUAAAAAAUUUCCCCAUAUGUAGCAAACAUUAUGGGGAAUACUGUAUGACUUCAUAGCUGAGAAGAGUCGAAUUUUAUGUUAUCAAAUUUAUAUAGAUUAACUACUUCCAUUUAAGCCGUUUUGGAAAUAUCAGGCUCUAAACUUCGAGAAAAUCAUAUCUACAUUGAAAGACCCUCAGAAAGACCUGUGUUAUAUCAACAAUGCACCGCCUACCAAGGUGUUUCGAUGUAUUAUUUUCUUAAAGUUUAGAGUCUGGACCCGGAUUCCGAACCCACGAUUCGAUAGUAUCGUCUAUCUACUUUAUAUGGACAAUACUAUCAAAUUGUGGGUUCGGAAUCCAAACCCUGAAAUUUUCAAAACGGCCUAAUUGAAGGUACUGAAACUGUAUAUAUUUGAAAUCAGAAAAUUCGACUCUUUUCAGCUAUGAAGUCAUAGAUUCCAUAAGAAAAAACUGACCAUUUAUCAAAAGUUAAAAUUUCUAAAAAAACUAAAUUUUUGAUGUCUUCAUAUAACCCCUGUAGUCAAUAUAUGGGGAAAGACCCUGUACAUAGUUUUUUAUUGUAUAUACAAUAUAGUUAUAUGAUUAAGUCCUACUUUCAAUUAUUUGAAAUGAAAACAAUGUACAAAAUGAGAAACAUAGAUUCUAGACAAUGUUUAAAUUUAAACUUCCGAAUUUUUAUCGUUACAAAUAAAAAUAGGAGAAUAAAUUUGGAUAACAAAAUAUGACAUAAGAAAUAAUAAACUGAGAGUUUAAUAUUAAUAUGUCGUGUGUUAGAGUCCCAGUGGAUGGUAUAUUUCCGGCUCUGCCUAAGUACUCCAAAACGGACUGGAUAUCCUUCCUUUAUAAAUUAGGAUAUUCAGAUCAAGCCUUAUAGCUUGGUGUCAAAUACAAACUAGCUGGUCAAGGACAAGGCUAGUAUAGGUGGAAUGUAGCUAGUAUUCAGGAUGAGUCUGAAAUAAGUGCGCAUUUUGUUAUAAUAGAUAGAAUACAGUAGGACAAUCACUCUUUGCAUUGGUACAUGUGUCGGCAAACGUCUUGUUUAGAAAAUACAGUGUUGAAAUUUUCGAAACAUUUUGACUUUUUGCCUUUAGAUUCAAAAUGCCUUGAGCGAUUUGGUUCAAAUUAUCAGAGAGUGUUUGCGAUGUUCUCAAGCAUCUUUCUAAAAAAUCAGUUUGUGUUCCACUUUUCCAGGACCGGACCUAGAGCGACUAUUAUUUUUUUUAACAGAGUGGAGUGUAUCGAACAACGAGAUUUUCCAAACAAUACAUUAAUAUUUUUUUUUUAUCUCGUAAACGUCGCAUCGAACAACAAAAACUCGGGGUACCUUUUUAUUUAAAAUUAAACAAAGAAUCAAAAAAUAAUUUUUAAUUUGUUAAAAAACCCAGCGGCGUGCCAAUUUUUUCUUUCAAAAAAAUAAGAGUCGCUCUAGGUCCGGUCCUGGGAAAGUGGAACUCAUACGGAUUUUUUAGGAAGAUGCUUGAGAACAUCGCAAACACUCUCUGAAAAUUUGAACAAAAUCGCUCAAGGCAUUCUGAAUUUAAAGGCAAAAAGUCAAAAUUUUGCGAAAAUUUCAACACUCUGUAUUUUCUCAACAAGACGUUUGCGGACACAUGUAAACAUGCAAAAAAUGAUUAUCCUAUUGUACCUACUCUAUCUAUAACAAAAAUGCGCACUCAUUUCGGACUCACCCUGUAUAUACCCAAGACAGGUUUAGAAUCGACUAUCAACCUAAACCGUUCACACCAAUGAGUCUUACAUCGUUCCUUCUGAAAAGUCUUGAGAAAGUGCUGGACACACAUAUCAGGGAAGGACCAUUAGUGCACAACCCAUUGAGUGUUCAUAAGUACGCCCACCAGAGUGGCAAAUCAACGGAACUUGCUCUUUAGAGAUUGGUCGCAGAAAUAAGCCAUAGUCCCUUGACAAUAAGAAGAUUGCGCUAGCAGCGUUAAUCGACAUAGAGAGAGCCUUCAACAACACUAUGAAUCAGCUAUUUCCAGAAGAAUUGAGCCUCUUUUUUGUGACUUGAUUUGCAAGAUGCAUGAGGACAGUUAUUAAACAAGGGGAAAAUAGUACAGCAUAGGACUGCCUAGUGUUUCACAAGAUUCUUGCAAAUUUCUUGUUCUUGUCUUGUUCUUGCUGCAAGAACAAGACAAGACUCUCUUAAAUUUCUUGUCUUGCAAAGCAAGACAAGACAAGAAGUUGCCAAGCAAGACAAGAAAUUAUUCUGCAAGACUCUUGCAAUCUUGCAAGAAAUCUUGCAAAAGAAUGAAGCCUCCUUCUCUGCAUAUUUUUGAAUUAUUUUGGCAACGUUGCAGCAUUUAACAACGAGAUAAAAAUGUCAGCAUAUCAGUUUGUAAAGUUUAAGGCAUUUUUUUGCGACAAAACGUUUUGAAAUUGUAGUUUUGAAACACUCAAACAGAUGUCAGUUUCUAACAGUUCUUGCAGCAAGUAUGGCUAGGAAAAUUUUUGGUCAUGAUGGACGACACUGCACACACAAUAUUGAAUUUUAAGCUCAAUAUGAAGGCCUUUCCGUUUUCAACCAUCAAAGAAUCAAGUUGAAUUUUUUUUAAGGUCUGUUAGCAUUGUAGUGCAUAAAAUAGUGACGUUAGAGCUGAAACUGUUUUAAAAGUGUUUUUGAAACUGUUUCCUCGAAAAAAAAAAGACUUUAAACCAGGAAACAGGACAACCACGUUAUCAAUGACAAUGACACCAAUCAUAUUCUUAAGGGCCCCACAGACUAUGAUGAAACACGGUUUCAUAACCGAAGUGUGUGGAAGAAAACCGUCGUGUUUUUCUAUCACACACGCCUCCGACGCGCUUUUGAACGUAAUGAAUGAAGCAAGAGUCUUGCAGCAAGAAUCUUGCAACAAGACUCUUGCAAGCAAGACUCUGGCUAUGACGUCACAAAACAAAUAAUGCAAGAACAAGAAAUUGCAAGAAAUCUUGUUUGCAAGACAAGAUUUUUUUCUGCAAGAGUCGGGCAAGACAAGAAUGAAUUUCAUUUCUUGUCUUGCUUUGCAAGACAAGACAAGAAUAGGCCCAGCAAGACAAGAAAUCUUGUCUUGUGAAACACUAGGACUGCCUGCAGGGAGGGUUUUUCUCUCCUCUUCUGUGGUCUCUCUUGGUGGACAACCUGCAACAAUACUUGCAUGGUGCGAGAUUGACGAUAUAACAAUAAAUCCUCAAAAAAAAAGGAAAAGGAAGCUUGACCAUCUGAUACUCCUCAACCUACGAGGGGUGGUGGUACCCUUUGCAAACGAAGUCAAAUAUCUAGGAGUUACUCUAGAUAAAAGCGUAUUUGGAACUUUCAUCUGGCAAAAAUAAAACAGACAGAUAGCUACUUACUAUGAACCUGCCGCAGGAUCUAUGACAAAUCAUGGGGAAUGGGCCUACGCAAAUAUACUGGUUACCUAUAUAUCAUGGUCAUCAGACCAAUGAUAACAUAUGGUUCAGUAGUCUGGUAGGAAAAGGGGCAACAGCGCACUGCCUAAACCAAGCUCAACGGACUACAAAGACAGGCCUGGGCUGGGACUCUGUAACGGAUAGAGAUCUGCAAAUGUCUAACAAGGUAUCUUAGGUAGGGCAACGGUUCCACUGGGAGACCUGAACAACAUCUCUCUAAUUACUAUCCUGGACUUCAUUGGGAAAAUAGGCAUGAUUGGAGAAAUAUGAAUAGGCAUGAGCCUCAAUUGAUAGACCAAUGAGUCGCAGUGGAUUGUUGGAAUAGGCCAAUUCAUUUCCGACCUAACCUAACCCAACCUACAUUCUCAGUUUGAAAUCGACAUAAUAACGAAUUAAAAAUUGAACAAUAUACAUAUACAAAUACGAAAAUCAAAUAUUAUGUAAGCAUAAAAUAUUUCCUAAAACUAACAUAGACUAAUCUAGUAUAUGCGUCACCUUAAUAUCAUAUUAUGUACAAAUUGAAAUACAUCCGUAACGCAUUUAUCUGUUAGUUAUGUCUUAGAAUUUAGGAAAGAUAUUAUGUACUUCCCUUUGAAAAAUUUGCAAAUCAAUUACCUAAGUAAAUAGUAUAUUGUUAUAUUAGGAGUAGAAGCUUUACAACCAAAAAAGUGCUUCUACUCCGUAUGCAACACGCUAUUUUUUCUCCAAACGAAUGGGGUAAGGUCGGGGACAAGUGGAUGGUUAAGCGGCAGUAAAAGUACGAGCGGCACUAAAAGUACUUUUGCUGCCGCUCCAGCGGCACUAAAAGUACUUCUACUGCCGCUGCGGUUGCCUAGCAGCAUAGAAAUUAAAUUUCUACCACCUCGACAGGUGUUAACCCGCUGGAUUUGCCUAGCAGCAUAGAAAUCAAAUUUCUGACAUCUUGACCGGGGUUAACAAAGUGACGUUUUUUUGACGUUUGAAGAAAAAAGCAUUUUUCUACAAACGUCACUAAAAGUGUAAUUUUUAACGGAUGCUGUCAAUGUCUAAAAUGCCAUUUUAUGACACUGGUGUUAAAAGUGAUUACUUUUAGCACUAGUGCUAAAAGUAAUCACUUUUAGUGCGUUUGUAGAAAAAAUAGUGUAUGAUAUUCAUGCUAAAAGUGAUUUUAUUUUGUUCAAAGGGAUGGAACACUCCGCCUUCGGCGUCGUGUCCCAAACUUCCCUUUUCACAAAAUAAAAUGUCACUUUUAGCACUUAUAUCAUAAAUAACUAUUAUUAGGCUUUUUUAUAUUAUAUAAUUGAUUAUUAUAUCGUAGGUAGGUACAUUAUUAUAAAGCUAUAAAAGGACUGGUUUGCAGUAACGAUUUUUUUAUAUUGUGAAGAUACAAGUAUAGUCCAAGAAACGGGAAUCUGAAAAGAGGGUUUACCUCAGCAUAAUUAGCAGUUAACAUUUUUUUGGGGGGAUCGGUCCAUUUUAGUUUGCGACCUUGUACUUCCAUAGGGUUUUCAGUUAGGGGUGGUUUUUAGGGUUAAUUUGCGGUUUAUGGGAGAACGCUGCUCAAAAGGAUGGUCCAAUAUCCAAUAACAACAAGUUUCAAAUGAUUGUUGUAGCUGAAGUUUUCUGCUAUAUAAAAGUCCGCGACAGCACCCCUCUAUCUUCUAUAGUUUUUUUUUUUCUGCAGCGUCUUGAAUAGUACCAUGUUUUUGUUCAAGGUCACUGAAUGAACGUUUCACCUGUUUGCGCGCAUUUGAUGCAGCAGCGGCCGAAUGCAUAGUCCGAUUUCAAUUUUUCAAACACCACAUUAUUGCUAAUGAAAUGCACACUCCAAUGCUUUUUUGUUCGAAUUUUUUGCUUGAAAAUUAAGCGAGCACGGACUUGCCUAAUGUGCGAGGAAGUUGUAAAUUGCAUCGAAAACUACCCCUCUCUUGUAUUCGCUGUAAUUUCUAAAUUCAAAUUCAUGAAUAUAUUGCAAUUUUAAUUGCUUCACAAGACUGCUGCAACAAUUAGAAUUGCAGUAUAUUUAUGAGAACAAUAAAUAAAGCCAUCGUACCAAAUUUCAGCGCUGUGCGACAAUUUUAAUUUUUUUUGACGUUUUGAAAAAUUCCACGUGUCGUGUUCAGGCCAAUAAAUCAUUGAGUAAUUACCGAAAAAAAAAUCCGCUGGGGCAUUAUGAGAGGAAUAAAUGGGCAGCCGAUUGUCGAAAACUGUCACCAAAUAUUUGGCCCCGUUUAAAAAUUACAGUGAAUGCAAGAAAGGGUUAGUUUUCGAUGCAAUUUACAACUUCCUCGCACAUUAGGCAAGUCCGUGCUCGCUUAAUUUUCAAGCAAAAAAUUCGAACAAAAGAGCAUUGGAGAGUGCAUUCCAUUAGCAAUAUUGUGGUGUUUGAAAAAUUGAAAUCGGAUUAUGCAUUCGGCCGCUGCUGCAUCAAAUACACGCAAACAGGCGAAAUGUUGAUUCAGUGACCUUGAACAAAAACAUGCUACAAUUCAAGACGCUGCAGAAAAAAAAACUAUAGAAGAUAAAGGGGUGCUGUCGCCGAGUUUUUUAUAGCAAAAAACUUCAACUACCACAAUCGUCUGAAACUUUUUGCUAUUGGACCAAAGGGAUGGUCCAAUAGCAAAAAGUUUUCAGCAGCGUUCUCCAUAAACCGCAAAUUACCGCUAAAAACCACCCUUAACUAAAAACCCUAUGGAAGUACAAGGUCGAAAACUUAAUAUGUUAUUUAGCACAUGAAAAUGGACCGAUCUCCCCCCAAAAAUGUUAACUUCUAAUUAUGUUGAGAUAAACUUCCUUCAUUGCUUGGCCUACAUGUGAAAGAUGUCAUUUUAAUAUUAGAAUUUUACAGAAAAAUAGGUAUUCAGUGUUAUUUCGUUUAAUCCAAGGCGGAUUUAAACAACUUUUGAUAAAUUUAAGUCGUAAUUUUUUCAUAAUUUAAUGCUAAUUUAAUACAUAACUCAAAACCCCAGUUUAAACAACUCUAUAAUUUAAUACAUAAUUUUUGAAAUUUUACUAAUAUUCUAUUGAUAUUUUGAAAUUUGACACGGACAGAACUCGAAAGGUCCAGUUUUUUUCAUAAUUUAAUGCAUAAAAGUUAAAAGUUAGGAACUUUUAAGGUUAUCCAUUAUGAACUAAAUUAUGAAUUGAGCAUUAAUUAAAUAGAUGUAUAAACGCUUCCAUAGAAAAUAAUAAAUUUAACUUUAAAGUUUAUGCACUAAAUUGUGAAUUACGCACUAAUAGUUAUUUAUGCACCUAGGUCAAAAAGUACAGCUUUAACGCCCGCAGCGUGUGUAACAGCCUGAGGCGUUAGCCGAGGGCUGUUUACACGCUGAGGGCGUUAAAGCUCUUUUUGACCGAGGUGCAUACAAGAUUUUAUGCACGAUGAGCAUGUUUUCAUUUUGAUAUUUGAAAAAUUAUAUAUUUUUAAUUUUGUAAUGACAUCAAUCAAAAAUAUUUCAAAAAAUAAAUUUUCAUGUUCACCGCAUAAUAAGUCAUAGGUUUUUGUCAAAUUUAGAUCAAGAAAGCAGUUGUUGACAAAAGUAUCUCGUAACUAUUAUAGCAACCCAGAACAAUACAAACAAAUAAUUAUUUUACUCUGUGUAUUGUAAGUGUAUAAUUUUCUUAUGAUGUGUUGUCUGGCGUCUGAAAAUGGAGCAAAAUAGCCUCCACAAGUUUAUUCUUGAAGCAGUUGAAGAGGCCAAGGAAGAUCUAUUACCUUCAAAGUCCAAAAGACUAUGAAAAAACAUAUAGGGACUUUAUUUCCUGGUGUGCCCAACAUGUUAUCAAUGAGCAGCAGUACUUUGUAGAAGAAACUGUCCUGGCAUAAACAUUAAUGAAAAAUGCAAUAAAAAAUAAGCCAUCCACCCUUUGGAGAUAUUACUCAACGUUGAAAGCAAUUUUAAUUUGAAAGUAGAUUGAAUUUUAUUAUAAUUGCUUAAGUAUUCCAUUAUUCUUAUUAAUUGAAAUAAGUAAAGCUUGUUUUGUUGAACAAAGUUGAUAUUUUUUUGACUAAGCAAUAGAAAUGCAAAAGGUUUAAAAAAUUGAGUCGAAUUCUUGCUUAUUUUUGAAAUUUUAGAACUUUCAGGCCCGCGGGCAUAAAAGGCGCCCUAGGGCGCAAAAGUACUACUUCACGCUCUAAAAUGUGGGCGUAAAAGUGCACUUUUACGCCCGUUCGUGCAUAAAUUAAAGUUAUGAAGUUGUUUAAACUCGCCUUCAGUCCCAAAUUUUGAAUUGUAUUGUUAUUACAUUUUCAAUUUAUUGAAGCGUUUUUAAUUUUUAAGGAUACAUAGAUAUUUAAAUUAAAUUUUUAUAUGAACGAAAACAAAACUUUUUUCACAAAGCCAAUAAAGUUGUUUGCAUAUUAUUGGUAGCUCUAAUUUCAAAACAAAGCAGUCAUCAUCUUAUUCGAGUUACCCUAAAAACACCGAAAUCUACUCUACUUUAUGCCACAGUUAUAUCGCGCAUAUUUACAAAAUUUUCGAUAUAUUUGUGACACAUUUUCAGCCUGGUCUGUACCUAAUAAUAAGACGUUGUCGGAUGACGAGUUAUGACGGACUUUUAUUGUAUUUUUGUUAAUUUUGAAAAAGUAAAAUUGAUGAUCCAUGAUUUUUGAGGUACACAAAAUAUUCCACUUUCACAUUAAAAAUCUUUAUACAAAGGUAGAAUAAAUUCGUGGAAUAUACACAUAUUUUUUUAAAUUCUAUUUGGGACACUUUUCUCAAAUAGUUGCUCUUAAAAUAUAGUAGACAUUACACUGACAAUUGUUAGAACUAUAUUUUAGGUACAUUAAUAAAAUCUAUUCUAUUUUAUGCCGCAUCGAUAUAUCUUUAUAUACAAAUUAUUUCAAAUAUAUCGUUUGCGACAUAUUGUAAUAACAUGUCCACCAACUUACCUUUGCGACACUUUAUCAUCGCCUUUAGGCCAUUGAAAGACUUUUUAACGCCUCUCUGGAUAAUGCUAAACAUAACUUUGAAAUUAACUUAAAUUAUUAUAUUAUCUUAAUAUUAUUUAUAUUAUAGUAUAGACGAAUAGUUAUUUAUAACAUAACUAAAGGUAUUUCCGAGCCUUUGGAUUUUUAACAGACCGUUUGUCUUUAUAAAUUUUCAAAUUAUAAUUUAUUUGCUAUGUAUAUUGGACACCACGCAGAGUGUGCACUAAAACAACUUACGAGACAAAGGACCCCGCAGAAACCUUAUGAGAACUGGCCCUCAAUGGAAUCUCGUGAAAUUUUGUAUAUUGUUAGUUCUUGGCCUAUGGGCACAAAGUUCUAAAAAUUCGCUUUUUUGAGUUACAGUCGUUUGAAGUUGCAUCUUGCAUCAUAUGUGAAAUUGCUCAAAUUUUAUACUUAUACAGUCUAGUUUUUUCGGUUACUACGUGAAUUUUAGAACGACAUAUGCUUAAUAUAAUACGUUCCAAAUUAUUCGAUUCCAGAAAUGGCGACUUUUAAACCAUAGAUGUUCUAAAAGGGGUUUAAAAAUAAUUAUGGGUAAAUCAUGAGGUGAGUACAGGUAGUAAAGGUACAUGUUAAAUUGAUGAAAGAACAUUAUAUUCAGUAGAAAAUAAAGCAUUGUAUGCACCAUUCGAAAAUAAUUAACCCCCUCGCUAGGGCUCGUAAAUUAAACUUUCUUCUCAUGGGUAAACAUUCAUUUAACUCACUUGGUGUAUAAAUAACUAUUAUUUUAUAAUUAUUUUUAACCCCUCUUAAGACGCCUAUGGUUUAAAAGUGGCCAUUUCUGGAAUCGUAUAAUUUAAAACGUAUUAUACUACAAUGAUACUAUGAUGUUCUAAAAUUCACGAAGUAACAGAAAAAACUAGACUGUAUAAGGUUUGAGCAAUUUCACAUAUGACGCAACUUCAAACGACUGUAACUCAAAAAGGCGAAUUUUUAGAACUUUGUGCCCAUGUACACUUUUAAUCUAUAGGUCAAGAACUAACAAUAUACAAAAUUUCACGAGAUUCGACUGAGGGACAGUUCUCAUAAGGUUUCUGGGGGGCCAAAUUGAUUAACAACAUCUGAUGAAAUAUAAUCAUCACAAUUGAUUCUCAAACAACGAUAAUGCUUUUUUGAAAUAAAUAACUGAUAAAAUGAGGGUGAAAUAACACUAGAGCUAUAAAUGUCGAAAUAGAACUUAUUCGCAGUUGUCCAGAUGAAAAUGAUAUAUUUUUUUAUGAAGCUUUCAAACUUUUUGAAAAACUUGGGAAAUUAUUCAAGUUUAAGAAACUAUUUCAUGACCAUUUUUAAGAAUUAUUGCUUGAGAAUUAUACUUUUAAUUUUAUCAUAAUUGGAUCAUGAUUAUUGAGAAAGAAAAAUUACUUAUAUUGAAAUUUUCAUUUUUACACAUUAUAAGAUAUGAAAAGUCAAAGUAUUGUCAUUACAUACUAUACUACCUAGAUAUAUACCUAUAAGAUUAAAACUUAUUUAAGAAUUAUCUGUCUAGAUAAUCAACUUAUUCCUUAUUAUUCUUAAACUUAAUAAGUAUAUUUACAUCACUAAAAUUAGAUACAAGGUGGCGCUUUAUCAUGAUGGCGAAAGACGGCAAAGCCUUCCAAAAACUAUUAAACUAAAAGGCAAAUAAAAAAAGAAAACUUAUCAUAAAUUUUUACCCAGUGUCGGUGGUUGUUGAGCUUUGAAUUUUAGCUUGGGUACAUGGAAUUCCCUUUUUUUGACUUUACUCAUGCCACUGAUGUUUUUUUUUUAAUAUCCCCUAUCACACUAAAAACUAUAAUACGUCACAUCCAUAUCAUAUAUACAGAAGGAUAUAUCCGUGACGUAUUUCGCUGCUGCUUCUUGCUGCCUAAAAUUACUUGGAUCUUUGGUUUCGUUUUAUCUAAAGAACGACCCUUUUUUAGGUCUUCCUGGAAUUUUCAAAAAAAAUUAUUAUCAAAAAUUUAACUGAAAAAGUUUUAGUAACAAUAAUUUUAUUAUCAUUCAUGGUCCUUAUCAACUAAAUAUGCAACGUCCGUAGCAUAAUGUACAAAAGGGUACUUCUGCUGCAUAUUUUUUCUAAAGUGUGACUGAUCAUUAUAAGUUUUUCGAACUAUAUUGAAUAAUAUAGUACAUUUUAAAGUUUAAAAUUUAACGAGUUUUAAAUAUUGAUUUUUUUAUGCAUCAUGCAUCAUACUACACAUGAAUGACAUCGCACUCAUCGCAGAUACGACGGAUUUGUGACACGAGUUAACACGUCGUAGACCGGGUUAACAUAUAUUUCCGACUUAAAAAAGCAGGGUCUAGAUACUUGGACUUCAAGUAAUUUGGUUGAAGUUAAGAUGAGGCUGAAUUUCGCAGAUUUCAUAUCUUAACUGAUGGAGGUCGUCCAGCUUCAAAUUGUGAAGGUGACGACUUAAAUUCAAAAGUGGUAGUGUUGUUGACAUUUCUGGAAAAUCGGGGAACAACAUGGGAUGCCGAUUUGGACUGAUUAGCUUUUGUUCAUUGAUAACCAGUUUUGAGUUUUUGCUGACUCUGUAUCCCAUAGGAAUUUGGCAAAUGUAUGUCCCUAUGACGUUUUGGACUUCUUCUUGGCCAAAACACUGAAUUUCGAUAGUUUCCUUAAUUGGAAAUAUCAGUAUCCACUGAUUGGUAGUGUCUAGACGAUUAAUUAUCGCUUCUGGAACGCUAACUACGGUUUGCUUGCAAACUGAGGGGUGUGUGUCAGAGUUCAGGAGUUGUAUCUCGCACGGGCUGGUUUUUUUGACUUCUUGCAGGUCCUUUUAGGGCAAACGAAGGACUCAGGGAGGACCUCAAGGCAUGUUUGUGGAGAGUAUGCAAAGUGCAAAGUAUUUUUCACUAAAUAUUUAUUCUUUGGCAGAAGUUUCUUAAACCGACUCUGCGAAUUGAUUGGUACAGAAUAAAAAUGUCCUCCUGUAAGCAGAUUUUUGUACAAAGGCAGAUAUUUGUUGAAUUUUGGAUUCUAAAAGAUUCUCAUUAUGAUUGAUUUGGUUUAAGGUCGAAUUAAAUCUUUCGAUGACAGUUAAAGAUAGAGAACUUUGUUUCAAAACAUUAUCUUGUAAAUUCUUUUGAUUUGCUUGCAAUUCAGCUAUAGGAUUUUCAUAGUGAACUCCGUCGGAAGCGUCAAGAUUUCCUGUGACAGCUUUGAACAUAGAGCCUAAACCAUUUAUUAGGCCUCUUUUCAAUCCUUGUUAAUUUCUGUAAUUAUUGGAUUUAAAUCGUAAUGGUGUAUUAAAGUGUAUGAAUAAUCUUGCAUUUUUGCGAUCCCUAGUUUAACCGGAAUUAUGCCUGGGUUAUCAGUUUGUUCUCGGAUAGCGACAUGUUCUUGGUCUCCGAGCGCCUGGCUGAAAACGCUGAAAUGAUAUAAUAUACAUGAUAAAUGCUUACUAGUUAAUUUAUUUUAAAGCGGUGAUAGAGGAUAGUUAAAAUUACUUAAUAAAAACUACCUAAUGCAUAAAAAUUAUGGUUUAUGAUUUGCGCUAGCUUUACUAAAGUAUCAGUAUCAUAACUAUACUUAUUUCUAUCGAAUGGACGUUUAAUAUUGUCCAUGUGAAUUUUCCCUUGAGUUGUUGUUGUCACUGUUUUGCGUAUAGGAUCCAUAGUCUCAAUUUCUGUCGGAGGUGUGUAUUUAUCACCAAGUUUUGUGUCGUGUAUAUUUUCGGAUGUAGAUUUUUUGAUCUGGAGCAAAUAAUGAAGGCUUGUCACGGGUUUCGUUCAUUUUUCCAAUUAUUUUCUUUGGUAUUUAUUAGUUGUUCAUUGAUUCUGGAAUACAAAAGUUUAGUUUUGUCUUUCUGUCCCGCAACGUAAUCUGAAAAGAGUAGUUGGUCUAAGUUCGUUACUGAUAUGGUCACUAAUUACGUCCAAGGGUUCGAAUUUUGUAACAGAAUGAAUGGAAUGAUUGUACUCCAAAAUUGCGUAUUUCAUUUUUUGGGUGAUUGGAGUAUUUUGGAAUCCUUGAUUAUUCAAUAAUCUGACAUGCUCCGAUAAGGUGGAAUGAACUCUCUCUAUUACACCGUUGGACUGUGGGUGAUUUGGGAAACAAAAAUGGAUUUUUAUUUUAUGGAUUUGCAUUAGCUCGGUGAUGACUGUGUUUUUGAAUUCAGUUCCACUGUCGAUUAUGAUUUUGGAGGGGAUACCACGAUGAGAGAAAAAUGUGAUUAGAUUGUCUGCGAUUUCAGUUGCGUUUAAUGCUGUGAGAGGAUAUGCUUGGGUAUAUUUAGAGAAGCUGUCAAUGAUGGUUAAGAAUUUCACUUUAUCUAAAGUGUAACAAUGCACGAUGUCGAAUGGUUUAGUUGCAGUAGGAGCGAUAUUAAUUUCCAUAUUAACAGGGUGACGCCCAUAUUUAGGUACUACGUUGGCAUAUUUCGCAUUCGUUGAUAUAGGUUUGUAUUAAUUGCUUUAUAUUUGGCCAGUAGUAUUUACUCUUAAUUCGUUGUUCUGUUUCAUAUAUUCCUCUGUGAUUCGUCUUACUUUAUUCGUGAUAAUUUUUGAUUAUUUCCGGAAUAUCUUGUUUUUCCACUACAUCAAGUAGUUUGAUUAGGCAUCUUUUAAGUCUGAGAGAAGGCCAUUUGAAAUUUUUCCUAUUUACUUCACAGAAUGGUUCAUACAUUUCGGGAUUUUCGAAGUAUAACGAAUAUAAUUUUCCGGGCGCUACAUAUUCUCUCAUAAAAUCUAAAAUGUACCUAGUUUUCGAAGUUAUUUUCAGAGUGCUGGACUAAAAAUUUUCUUUUUUUUCAAAUAAUAUUAUUCGCUUCGUCUUUGCUGGAGAAUGGAAUACUUUUGUUAUUAUUUGGUUCGCGCCAUAGUUAACCGCUGAUUCUAAAAUUGGCACGCCCACUAUUGGAUCAUGGUCAUUAUUUCAUCUUCUGCUCUCGUGGAAGGUCCUUGUUCUAGUUCAGGGUCUGGGUGUACUACGGUAGACAUCUGAUCCAUUUCUUGACCAUCAUUGAUGUUCUGGUUUUCUUCUCCCAAUUUUCUAUUAUAAUCAUUUAUAUAGGAUAGUAAAUUUGAAAAGCCGUCGGUUUCUUUUGCAUGUAACUCGAUGCGACUUAAGGCUUCAGUAUUAGUAUUCAAUUUGCCUUUUUUGUAAAUGAUUUUGUAAUUGAAUUUUGAUAACUUGUAUCUCCAACGAAUCAGUUUCGAACUUGUAUCUUUCAUAUUUGAGAGACAUUCGAGAGGUUUAUGAUCCAUAAUACUGUUGAAUUUCUGACCAAAGAGGUAGGGCCUAAAAUAUUUGCUGGCCCACACGAUGCAAAGGCAUUCUUUCUCUAUGGUAGAAUAAUUUUGUUCUGAGCCGUUUAAUGUUCGUGAUGCGUACGCAACUGGAAGGUCUUGACCUAUUGGCCCUUGGGAUAGGACGACGCCCAAAGCUACGUCACUGGCAUCAAAUGUCAAGCUGAAGAUUUUGUCAAUAUCGGGGUAUUGGAGGAUUGGCUCGUUCACCAACAGGUUUUUACACUUUUCGAAACAAUCAAUAAAUUCGCUGUUAUGAAUUAUUUUUGCUCCUUUCUUCAGGCAUUUUGUUAGGGGUUUGGUGAUUUUUGCGAAGUUGUUAAUGAGACGCCUAUAAUAACCUAGUAGCCCUAGGAAGCCCUUUAUUUGCCGAAGGUAUUGAUAGGUAGUUUUUGAUGGCUAUGAUUUUUUCUGGAUUACGUUUAACACCCUCGGGAAUCACUACGUGUUCUAAAUAGGCGACUUCGUGUCUCAAGAAUUCGCAUUUGUCGAGUUGAAUUUUGAAAUUGGAGUCUCGGAUUCUUUGGGAAACAAUCUUCAGGCGUUCUAGAUGUUCCUGCAGUGAAGUGGAGUAUACAAUAAUGUCAUCAAGAUAAACCAGACAUUUUUCAUUUUGUAUUCCACGCAAGAUGCCGUCCAUGGCUCUCUGGAACGUAGCGGGGGCAUUUUUCAACCCGAAGGGCAUGCGAGUAAACUCGUAGUGCCCAUUCUCGGUAUUGAAAGCUGUUUUAGGAAUAUCACAUUCAUCCAUUUCCAUUUGGUGGAACCCACUAGUUAAAUCAAGGGUGGUAAAAUAUUGGCAUUUGUCUAAUUUAUCUAGUGGGUCUGUAAUAUUCUUUAAGGGAUAUUUGUCGUCUAUAGUUUUUUCAUUUAAUUUGCGGUAGUCGAAAACUACGCGGAAUUUUUGUUUUCCAGAUGCAUCGGUUUUCUUUGGCACCACCCAAAUUGGGGAUGACCAGGGAGAAAUACUGGGAUGAAUAAUGUUCUGGUCCAGCAUUUUUUUUUCUUUGAGACUCUUAAAGGUGUGUUUUCAUAAUAGAAUAAUAUAUCGGAGAACUAACUGCAAAUAUUUAGUAUUUUACACUUUUCUUCUUCAUUUAGGUGACUUGUACGAAUAUAGGACGGGUCAAAUUCGUGAUUUCUUGCAAAAUCCUCAAAGUUAUUUAAGUUUACUAUCUCAAUUUCUUUACGAUCAAAUUGCUCAAUCUGAAAAGGCUCAGAAACAUCUAGAGUUAUCGGAUUACAAGUAUUAUUUAAUAUAGUGGUUAAUGCAUAACCGUUCUUGGCAACAGUGAGACAGUUUGGAAUUUCGCAAUGGUGCAGUUUUUGAUAGGGAAUUAUUAUUUCACCAUGUAGAAUGUUUGUUUUAAUUCUAACAACUUGUUCAGAACAUGCUGAAACAGUUAUAUUAUUUAUUUCCUUACGAGUUUUGAGAAACUGUAAUUUAAUUUUUGUGUUGGGUAUUAUGAGAAAUCCAUUAUUAUAGUCGAUGUUAGCUUGUAAUUCUUGGAUAUUUUCUAAACCGAGAAGUCUGUCAAAUGUAUUAUAUGGAAUUUAAAUAAGUAGAAUUUCAGGCAUUUAUUUUUUCCAAGAUUAAAUAUUUUUGAUGCGGGUACUUCAGCACUAUAUCGAUGUGCCAAUUGUUGAAAGACGGUUGAGACUAUGAAAGGAUCAUAUUUUAUCUGCGAGGGAUAAAAUUUACUUGCUAAUUGAGGAUCAAUAAAUGAUUUCGUAGAACCACUGUCGAUUAGGAAUUUCAGGUUGUGUUCUGGAAAUAUAAUGUAUGAUAAUUCACUAGUCUUAUUAUUAUAAUGAAAAAUCUUGAUCUUGCUCUACGUAUUCGUAGUUAGGUUCAGCAUAGGCGAUAUUAUCGAUGUUGUGUGAUUGAUCUUGAUCAUUAUCGCUGCUAGCUGCGUUCGUGUUGUAUAACCCUUCAACUACAAAGUUUUUUGGUUGAUUAUUUUGUGGCUGAAAAGGGUUUCUGGGUGCUGAAUUUUGGAAAUUGUUAUUUGUUGGUCUGAACGUUUUAUGAGAGGUUGUUGACAUUGGUGUAGGUCUUGAUAGUUGUCGAUUUGGGUUCGGUUUGAAGACGUUAGUGGUAGGUCUAUAUUUGGAACCGAAAACUUGAGAGUUUGUGGGAAAUCUUCGAAGGUGUCUUAUUAUAAUCUGGCCUAACAAAUAUAGGCUGAGAUGGAUAUGAAGGUCUCAUGAAUUGGCUUGAUGAAAAUUGCGUAUUCAUUGGGUUAUAUGAAUUAAAUGUAUUUGUGUAUUUGGGUUUAUUAAAAGACUGAGGUUUUUGGUUUGAAUUUUUUGAACUAUUUUGGAAAUAUUGCGUAUUGUAUUCUGAAGUAACUUGCUGUAGUGCUUCAGGAAGAUCUUUUGGACGCAUAUAACGUAUGGUAGUUCCCAAAGGUUCUUUUAGGCCUGAUGAAAAUGUUUUGAGUGAUAAUUCAUGAUAAAGGUUCCUUUUCAAUGCUUCUGCGGCAUCGUUAUUCUCAUGAAUAUUUAUAUAUGAACAUAAAAGAUUUGAGAUAGGUAUGCAUGAUUCUAUCAUAAAACUCACUAGGUUUUUCGCUACUCUGUUGUUUGAGCAUGACUAGAUCUCUGUUCAGACAGGCUUCAUCGCGUUGAUCAGCGAAAUGUUUACUCAGGAUAAUUUUUAAUUCUUCCCACGUUUGAACAUGAGUAGUACCUAGUAUUAAUUAAGCGUUUCCCGAUAAUUUUCCAAUAAUAGAAGUCAAUAAGUACCUAAAUGUUUUGAAAAUCGUUAGGUUCAUUUGGUUUGUAGAAAGCAUCGAUAAUGCUUUGACAAACUGCUAAGUACCUAUUAAAAUCAUUGGGAUUGCCGUCAAAUUGCUGCUUUAAAAUUAGCCAUUGUACAAAGAUUACUUUCAGGUAAAUUAAGAUUAGGUACAGAAAUAGACUGGUUUAUUAAUCUAAUUACUUCUUCGCUAGAAGCAGAGUCAGUUGAAGGAGGUAAUUGAAGUUGACUUAACUUUUCGAUUAUAUCAUCAAUAAUAUUAUCAUCGGACAUUAGAGUUGCACUUUACUUACAUGAGAAUCAUGAUCAGCAUAAUAUAAGGGUAAAAUUCCUGGUCGACGAUUUUGUCUUCCCAAAAACUUAAUUUUUGCGAGAAUUGGCAAUUUUUAUUCAACUGACUAACUUAACAUUGUCGAGAAAUUACUUAUAUAAAAGUGAAAAGCACAGUAAGCAAGUUUAUUCAUCGCCUAUUACUGACAUAACUCACGUGACUAUAUUAGUUGAUUAUUUAAAUAAGUUUACACUACAAACGUGCGGAAAGUACACUUCACUGCACUUUUUUGCAAGUGGAAAGUAGCACUUUGCCUCACAUAGAGUGCGGUGAAGUAGACUGCAAAGUUUACGGUAAAGUUUCUCUACCGCAUAGUGUGCGGCAAAGUAACGCAUACCUCUGAAAAUUGAGAACAGUUUCCAACACCAAAUUCUAGCCUGAUUUUUUCCGAACAUUUACAUUUUUUAUUCACUCUGAUAUUUGCAUUAUUAUUCAAAUUAUAGAGUUUCGAAGAAAAGGUGGAUAUUGACUUUAAUUUUCUCCACGAUCUAAGAAAUUAUUAUUCAAUGUUCAUUUAUUUAUUUAACGUUCCCUUCGGCGGACAACAUUUUGUCACUAGCAUAAAAUAUAUAUUUUUCUCUUUACUUUUGUAGUCACUUCUUUUUCAUUUCUAGACGUCUUUUUCGAUAUAUAGACUCUAACCUCAAAUAUGAGUCUAUACAGUCAAGUGUCUAUUUUAGUUUCUUAAUAACUGCCCGCCUUACUAAUUGUUACCUCUGAUUAUGUUAAAUCUACAUUUAAAACUCGUUAGUGUUUUUAUAUAUUUUUUUUUCAUAAGAUGCCUUAUUUAUUUAAGUUUAUUCUUCUAUACUUAUUCGAUAAAUGCAAUUUGAUACGAUUUAUUAUUAUAUAUGUCAUUUGUAAUAGUAAUAAUACAUAUACCUAUCUUCUAUCUUAUCAUUAUCUUAUAUAUUUUCACUUAAUUAAUUUGUACAAGAUAAGCAAACUAUAACAAAAUAUACGGACAAGAAAUUGAAAUUCUUCAGGAUUAGAGUCUAAUUUAAUUAAUUUCGUCUGUUGACCGUUUGUUCUUAAAACUCUUAUAGAUGUAUCCUUUUCUCCCAUUCUUAAUGAAUGGGAGUGAGAUAAUUUAAAUAAAGCAUAGUUGUUGUUUCUAAUUUUUUGGGGUUAUCCAAUGUAUAUUAUGUCCAUCCAAGAAUCCUAACAUUGCUCUCCUUAUAUGAUGUUUUUAGGGCAAAAUUGCAAAAACCGUAUUUUAGUAUUGUUUGCUAACCCUGUACAAUAUAUUCAGAUAUGUCAAUGACAGUUAACUUACGCUUUGAAGAAAUAAAUCGAAUGUUAUUUGUUGGGAUUCGGGAACGUUUUUCAGGAAGAUAAAGGAAAAUAUGCGUGAUACAUGGGACAUUUUUUUUUAAACGCUCAGUAGAUAUUUACCCUGUAUAAGAUCCGUUCGAAUUAAUAAAAAGCUGUCGCAUAAGCUGUAACAUAGCAAAAAGACAUCAAGAACGACCGGAUAAACAUGAAAUUUUGACUUAAGAUCAUUCAGGAAUUUAGUACCUACAUUGAUAAUUUUACAUACAGCAGUUUUCAUUAUACCAAUUAAACCAAGAAAUUAUUUUAUUUCCACAGGGAAUCCUUCCAUAGCCAUACCUAUACUUAUUUAGAAAAUUCUGCAAAUAUGAAAUAUUAAAUUCUGUCCUGUUACUUCUGUAACUGUUUGUUUGAAAAUUUCUAUUUUAUAUUAUAUUUGAACGACUUUUAGUCGUGAAAACUUCUGAUGAAAUAUGGUUGGAGAAUGCGGCCAACACACCUCUACUUCUUGUGUCAAUUAUUACCAAUAUCAAAUUUCAAAGUUUGUGAAAUACAUACGGUUAUUUAAUAAAAAAAAGCCCCUCUAAAAUGGUUAGGUACAAUAAUGUAAAUCUUAAAUUAUUUAGUUUUUAUGUUAUUUUUGUCAAAAAUAUUUUUUCCAGCAAAUUAUGAGUUUGUACUUGCAUUUAUUUUUAGAGUAGGUGUCUUUUUUUGAAAGCAAUUAUUUUUAAUUUCUAAAGACAAUAAAAACUAUAGUAUACCCUGUGUAAAAAAUAUUCAACAUUUCAAAUAUCUUUUUUCUUGGAAUUUAAAAAGUUAAAAUGUUCUGUUUUCAUAGUGAUAUUUUAAUAUCAUGAAUUCAAUAAAACAUUUAAGAAAAGAGACACUUUGGGAAAUGGGAAAAUCGCAGGAUACCCCAGAUGAAAAUGCUUCAAUUAAAAAAAAAAAACAGAUCUUGUGGAAAUUUAAUUUUCAGCCAACUUUAUUUGCAGAAAUGUUAAUAGGUAUGUCAUUAUCAUUUUUACUUUUGAAAUUGUGUUUUGUUUUCCAACCCUAAAUUCCGCUUCACUAGCAUGACUCAGAAAUCCGCAAAUUCCUCCUAUUUUUUAGAGGAAUGCUCUUAAAUGCAUUGUUAUUAUCUGGAGUACCUUGUAAACUUUUAUACAUUAAACAUUCAUUUUAAAAUAAAUCAAAUAAGUAAAGGCAAAAAAAAAUCUUAUGAAUAAAAAAUACAAAUUUUUACAUAAAAUUGAGCUUUCGAUGAGCUACAUAGAGUUAGGUGAGCCACUUCAAAAAAUUAAUUAUUUUCUGUAGAUCUGUUGAAAUAGUCAUAAAUUUCAAGAAUUGCCUAACAAUUUAAAAUCGAAUUCGCUUUUAGCAGGAUUCAACACCCCAGAUUUCUGUUCAAAGACCGUCAGGACCGAAACACAAGAGCCUCAAAUAAUUUCAAAAUUACACCUUGUUACGUUAAUUCAAUUGCCUUUAAGUAUCAAAUUAACGGUGAAAUUACACGAAAGCUCUGAAACGAAUAUUGGAAAUCUGCAAAUCUAGGCGAAGAUGACGUAUAACGGUAUAACUUGCCUACAGCAAUUUUAAUCAUUUUUUUUUGGAAGCUUGAAAAAGAAGUUAGAAGUUAUGGCAUUAAUUAAUAAAUAAGUACUUCAGCAAUUUCAUUACAUGUCCAGUUUUUCACUGAUUAUUUCCAAAUACAGUUUUAACAAACAUUUGAAAUUAAAUUACAGGUAUCUAUUGUUUAAAAGACGUACUGUGUGUGGCUGUCUAAAGGGUCUACGGAAAAUUAGGCUACAGCGACUACCAUACAUACAGCGACUACCAUACAGUGCUUUCAUAAUAAUUGCCAUAAAUUACCAAAAAUAAACUAAUUAUCUUUUCCAAUAGCAGUCACUUUCCGUCGACUUAUCAGCCUGCACAGCGCCUUCCUUAUCGUAUACGCAGUAACAUGAGGCGGUACCACAUAUAAAAGUACCAUAUGACAAAUAACCAUGUAAAAAAAUACCUGACUGAUGGAUAUCAAGUAUACCAGAGCAGCUGUGCCAGCCAUCCAAACAAGAUGAAUGAAGUACGCCCAAGGUAGUGUGAGAUACUCGCCCUCGAGAAUUUUGCCGUGUUGCAAAAAAUGACCUGUCUUAGUGAAUUCUUCAAUAACUUUCUCUUUCUCUAACCAGCGUUUUUCGAGAAAUUGUUUCAGUUCGUCUUGGGUAUCUGGGAG